CAGAGAAGCAAGGGGGAAAGAAAGAAUAUGAGAGGGGGCAGACCUUGAACGUGCGCUUCGUAUUUAAGGCAACCCUCACGUCUCUCCAUUAGUCGUGGACUCCUCUUCCACCGAAAAUUCUCUCCCCUCUCUCUCUCCCCUCUGCUCUGAUCGACGAAGAGGAGCUCAGCAUCCGGCGGAAGAAGAAGGUUACUAGUUGUUCGAGAGAGAUGGUGAAGAUCUGUUGCAUUGGUGCUGGAUAUGUUGGCGGGCCUACUAUGGCCGUGAUUGCACUCAAGUGCCCGGCAAUUGAAGUUGCAGUUGUCGAUAUCUCUGUCUCCCGAAUCAAUGCCUGGAACAGCGACCAGCUCCCCAUCUAUGAGCCGGGCCUUGAUGCUGUCGUGAAGGAGUGCCGAGGAAGGAACCUCUUCUUCAGCACUGAUGUAGAGAAGCAUGUGCAAGAGGCAGACAUUGUCUUUGUCUCAGUCAACACCCCAACCAAGACCCGGGGUCUUGGAGCAGGUAAAGCUGCCGAUCUGACAUACUGGGAGAGCGCAGCUCGCAUGAUUGCUGAUGUUUCGAAGUCCGACAAGAUUGUCGUAGAGAAGUCCACUGUCCCCGUUAAAACGGCCGAGGCUAUCGAGAAGAUCCUCACCCACAACAGCAAGGGAAUCAAGUAUCAGAUUCUGUCGAACCCUGAGUUCCUUGCCGAGGGGACAGCAAUCCAAGAUCUCUUCCACCCAGAUCGUGUGCUUAUCGGAGGAAGGGAAACCCCUGGAGGCCAGAAGGCAGUCCAAGCCCUGAAGGAUGUCUAUGCUCACUGGGUCCCGGAAGACCGCAUCCUGACCACCAAUCUCUGGUCAGCGGAGCUCUCCAAGUUGGCUGCUAAUGCCUUCCUGGCCCAGAGGAUUUCAUCUGUGAAUGCCAUGUCAGCUCUCUGUGAGGCCACAGGUGCAGAUGUGACUCAGGUCUCGUAUGCUGUUGGCAAGGACUCGAGGAUCGGGCCCAAGUUCCUGAAUGCCAGUGUUGGCUUUGGGGGAUCCUGCUUCCAGAAGGAUAUCUUGAACCUCGUCUACAUCUGUGAGUGCAAUGGCCUGCCAGAGGUGGCCGAGUACUGGAAACAAGUCAUCAAGAUUAACGAUUACCAAAAGAGCCGCUUUGUGAACCGUGUGGUCUCCUCCAUGUUCAACACAGUCUCAAACAAGAAGGUUGCAAUCCUCGGGUUUGCCUUCAAGAAGGACACCGGCGACACUCGAGAGACUCCUGCCAUUGAUGUGUGCAAGGGGCUGCUGGGAGACAAGGCACGGUUGAGCAUUUAUGACCCACAAGUCACAGAGGACCAGAUCCAGAGGGACCUGACAAUGAACAAGUUCGACUGGGACCACCCGGUCCACCUGCAGCCCAUGUCGCCGACAACCGUGAAGCAGGUUUCUGUUGUUUGGGACGCAUAUGAAGCAGUGAAGGACGCUCAUGGUCUCUGCAUCCUCACAGAGUGGGAUGAGUUCAAGACCCUCGAUUUCCAGAGGAUCUACGAUAACAUGCAGAAGCCCGCCUUUGUCUUUGAUGGCCGAAACAUUGUUGAUGCGGAGAAGCUCCGGGAUAUUGGAUUCAUCGUGUACUCCAUCGGUAAGCCACUUGAUGCUUGGCUCAAGGACAUGCCUGCUGUUGCUUAAGUCUUUGCUGCGACACCAACCGGAUACCUCGAGGCAGCCAUUUUCUGUUCUUCAUAAACGUUGGUUCCUCUUUAAAUGGGUUUUGGUUUCGGAGUUGUCCUGCUUUUCCCAUUGUAUUAAGGAGAGUAAUGGAUGGUCGUACUUCACCGUGUCGUGGGAAAGGUAAGGGGGACCUGCAUUUUUCUUUACGGUGUAUUCGGUAACACUACUGCCAGUGUGUUAGACUGUUACUGCUUGUAGUAAAUCUCGAUUAAUUCAUUGUUCAGUUCGGUGCAAUGUUCGUUGUACUGCUCGGUACCACCUCUAUUUUGGAAAGCAAUAUCUUUUGUUUGUUAUUCAAUUGCA